GAAGAAACAAGAUGGCUGCUCCCAUGUCAACUGUGUUGCGUCGUUUACCGGUUGUCGUAAUAUUAGGGGCAACUGGAACGGGAAAGUCAAAGUUAGCCAUACAGAUCGGUGAACGCUUCGGUGGAGAAAUUAUCAGUGCUGACUCAAUGCAGGUUUACAAAGGCCUGGAUAUUAUCACCAAUAAAGUAACCCCGUGUGAACAGCAAGCAUGCCCUCAUCACCUUAUUGAUUUUCUCAGUCCAUUGAGUCGGUACACCGUAGUCGAUUUCCGCAACAAGGCUCUCCCAAUCAUAGAAGGUCUACUGAUUGCGGGAAGAGUACCGGUGAUCGUUGGUGGAACCAACUAUUACAUCGAGGCUCUGCUGUGGAGAGUGUUGUUGGAUGCAGAGCACUCAAAGAUUGAUGACUUGCUUCUAGAGACAAGAGGAGAUCCACUGAACCUACACAUCAAGAAGAAAGUAAAACACUCACACGCAGACCUUGCUACUAACAAGGGGCAAAAUCUAAGCCCUACCCUCAGUUCCUCCAAGAUUGCCAGUGACGCAGAGAAGUCUUUGAGCCUUGUUGAUUCAGAGGCUUUGGUUCAAAGUGAACCCCCUGCCUCAGAAAACAGACCAGCUUUGCGCUCAUCAGGACUUCCCGAGGGUAAACCUGAUUUAAUCCCAGACAUAGGGCUUGAGAAAACUGAUGGAAGGCUAUUAACAGAGGAGAAAAGACCAGGCAGGCUAGCUGAAAAAGUGCACUGUGAUCAGCGGGACACUUCACAUUUACAGUCAGUGGAUCAAACAGGCCGAGAAAGUGAGAUCAGUCAGCCUAAGAAAAGUCUCUACGUGGACAAUACAACUGAAGUGUCGGCCAAGGGAUCCUGCAGGUUACAGCAUGAAGAGGUUCUGGAACAGGAAGAGUUGAUGACAAUUGAUGUAGAAGGAACAGCAACAGAGGAUCUCUACAAGAUUCUAGCUGAGGUAGACCCUCAUAGGGCAGAAACAUUGCAUCCAAACAACAGACGCAAGAUAAUCAGGAGUCUUCAAGUGUAUGAGCAGCUGGGUCAAACUCACAGCGAGAUGCUCUCUGGUCAGAUGGAGGAGGAGGGAGGCGGGCCCUUGGGUGGUCCUCUCCGCUUCCAAGAUGUCUGCAUCCUGUGGUUGCAGUGUGAUCGAGAUGCACUGGAUCAGAGACUGGAUGUAAGAGUCGAUGACAUGCUGAGCAGGGGUCUUCUGGAUGAACUGUCUGAUUUUCAUCGCGAGUACAACCGUCAAAGAGUAGAAACUCAAGCAGAUAGUGAGAGCCUAUACACCCAAGGGAUCUUCCAGUCCAUAGGAUUCAAGGAGUUCCAUUCCUACCUCAUCUUGCCAGAACAACAGCGGGAGACAGAGAUGGCUAAGAACCUUCUUGGGGAGGGGAUUGAGAAGCUGAAGAUGGCGACCAGGCAGUAUGCACGCAGGCAAAUCAGAUGGAUCAAAAAUAGAUUUGUUAGACGGCCUGGAAGCAAUGUACCUGCGGUGUAUGCCGUGGAUUCCACUGACCCUGCAUCAUGGGAUGAGAAGGUUCUCCGGCCAUCCCUGGCCAUAAUCGAAGCCAUCCAGGAGGGCAAGGAACCUCCUGUGGCACCCCUGGAGCCUGAAGUAGGGAGGCCCUCGGAUGAUGCCUCUGUCAGGCACAUCUGUGAUAUCUGCGGAGGGAGAGUGUUUGUGGGGAAGCAGCAGUGGCUUGGGCACUUGAAGUCGAAGCGACAUUACAAGAAGUCUCGGAAACUCAGACUGGCAUCCCUUGGGAAAUCACAUGAAGAGAAGACAAUAUCCACAAUGGAAAAAGCAAACACUCAUAGACAGGAGGAUAAAAAGCAAGACAUCGGAGAUGGAUAACAUUUCAUCCUGAGAACACAGAUUGUCAGAAAUAUUGUAUAUUAUCAAACUCGAGAUUUUUGAUGACUUUACGGCUUACAAGUCAAUAUUAUCAAUCUAAAAAAAGUUUUUUUAAAUCUUGGCCAUUUAAUUAAAAUAUAUUUUUAGGAAUGGAGAUUCAGAUACGUUUCCACAAGAGCUUUCGCAACUUCUCAUAAUUAACUUUGUAGUCGUAAACGACAGCUCAGUAGAUGAGUCACAGUGCUAUAAAUACAUCUAGACCUUAAUAGAUACAGCAGAGAGGCAGCAUUUCUUACGGGUCUAGCUCCCAUCAUAUCAAUAAUUGUUGCAUACCACGAUGAUAUCUUACACGGACCAUGAUUGUUUUUUAUUUCAUCAGAGGGUAUUGAUAUUUCUGACCACGUGAUAUUUGACAGAUAUUUGGCAAAUUCUCCAAUGGAAGUUGACUUACAUUCAUGAUUAAAAAAUUCAUUACUAAUAUAAAAGCUUUUAAUGAAAAGGAACGAUAUCAAAAGAUUUUUGAGUUGCAUCAUUUUGUGAAUUUUAAUUUCAAGUUAGUAUGAUUAUAUCUUGUUAGUUCACAGUACAUUGGCCAUUUUGCAACCUGUUUCCCAAUGACAUUGCAAUAACUGCACUUUAAGACGUCCGAUCCCUGUCAAGAGAUGCCAGACUGUGUUAGAUUUCCUUUUCCUCUCUUUUCCAUCAGACCACAUAACCCAGUAAUACAGCACAGCUUGCCCUCAUGAAAGAUAGACUGACAUGCCAGCAAAUUUACAUUAUGGCUCCUCCCAGUAGAUAACUACACCCUAAAUUUGUAUCUGC